AUGACUCAAGCCCCAGGCCUGUGUUUUCUCAGCCUUAUGUUAGCGCCGCUUCGCUUCCGCUUGCCCGAAGCAGGCCGCGCACUGCAUGAGAGCGAGAGGGGCACGCCGCCGGUGAAGCCCGCCACCGCGCACGACUCCAUAAACCGAGCGGCAAGGUUGGAUUUAGGUUUGGUGGCGCAAGCGGAGCGAGACGAGUGGAUGCUUCAUUCUAACGUCUGGGCCUCUGUUUGUCUGUUCCCAUGCUUGCCACGACAUGACAGCGGGAGGGGAGAACCACCAACCCCGAAAGUCCCUGGACCAACGGGUUUCCUGCAGUGAAAACUGCACAGGAACAAUUGGCCUGUUGAAGAAACAACUAGGGUGGGUUUUUCUUGGCAUGUGCGCCUGGUGCUACUUUUCGAUCUGAAGCAUCGCUGGCGAAUCCUGUCUUCUUCACGAAUUAUCAUUCGGAAGGCGUGUGAACUG